GUCUAUGUUUAUCUUAGUUACGCGUUUCUGUGACUUCAGUCUACGAGAUGGAGGUGCAUAGAAGAACCAUGCGCGCUGUUGUUGUUCUCUUGUUUUGGUUGAGCAUUGUCUUUGGGCAACGCUCAAGACCAAGAGAAGAUUACACACUAGAUGGCGAAUGUUUGAAAGAUGACUUAAUAAAACAAAAUGAGCGUUUGAGUUUUUGCUUAAAUGGAAGUAAUCUGGCCAUAGGAAGCCAAAACCUUUGUGUAAAUAUGAAUCAAGAAAAGAUAUAUAUCAAAAGUUUCGCUGUGUACUUUCCAAAAAAAAGUGACCUAUGUAAAUCAAUAAGUGUAUAUACUCAUAAAAUGUCUAUAGCUUCAUGCAUUCAUAAGAAAGACCCUGGGAUGGCAAGAGAUAUUGUUAUGCCUUUCUUCAAUGCACUGAGUGGACGAACACCAGCAGAAUUAGUACACCAUCGAGAGACUAUUCAGAGUCCUUUUGUGCUCUCCAAGAUGAAACCAAAGCCUGAUUCCAUAUCACUUGAUUAUGAGUGCCUUGGGUCUUCCAGAGUAUAUGACAUCUGUGAAAAUGUCAGCACUGAAAUUUCAUCAAAUUUAUUGAUCCAGCUUAUUUUCAAAAAUGAAACAUUCUCCGCUCAACCAGAGAGUUCAUCAUGUUCCUGCCAAAUUACCUCCAGGAGCAACAAUUCAGCAGAGGUCACCCUCUCAGCGUAUGAUAUCCGUAUAUCCAAAGGAAUGUCUCUAAACAUCCAUGGAUGUGACGGCACAAACAGGGUAACAAUCAGUGAUGAGAAGCUGCGCUAUUAUCUUGAUGGAAAACUAUGCACAUCCUCCUCUGUCAUGACAUUGUCUCUUUCUGGUGUCAAUCCAAACUUUAUCCCUGACAGUAUCUGGGCUGGUGUUAAAGGGACAGACCUGACGAUCACCUGUGGAAAGCAGUUUGGAGAAGACAAGACCUUUCUUCCUGGUGUAUCUGACAGUGAAGAUGGAUCCUUAGGUACUGUGUACAUUCUGUGUAUUGUGGUUGGAGCUGUCCUAAUCAUCGUUCUUCUGCUGACAGUAGCACACUGUGUACGGAAAAGGCUCAGAAGCUCAGGAAAGUAUGUAACGGAUUCAAGCUUAUCUGACGGAGAACAUGAACCAGAUGUUCCAAAUGGCCCUAACUUCCCUAUGGAAGUUAUUUACUCCCAGCCUCACAAGCCGGCCCACUCCAUGAGUAAGGACGAGAGUGAGGAAAAACUGCUCAAGGGGGAGACAGGAUUAAAGCAGGAUGAGUACUUUGAACUUGAAAAUCAAUAUGAAGAGACGGGUCCUGGCAACAACAACUAUAAAGGAUGUGAAAAAGAGAACUCUGAGAAUAAUGAACCAGAAGUCCGUCCUUAUUCUUUUGCUCACCAGAUAUCUGCACCGCUGCAGAAAGCUCCUAUUCCACUCCCCAGACAGGAAAGUCGUUCCAGCAACAGUGGAAUAUACAACCACUUGAGGGAGCAACCUGAUGUCGCUCCUCAGAACAUCUAUGACAGUUCUGGAAAGGAUGAUUACUCCUCCUUUCAGAGAGAAGCAGCUCCGACUUUGACAGACAACAUAUAUGACAAAGCUUAAUAGACUAUUUGAAUUCAAUUCCACGCUCUUCAUCUGUUGACAUUUCAUUUGCCCGAUCAGUUUUGACUUUCUUCAAUAUUUGACAUACAAAUAAUGAAAGAUGAAUUGUGUUCCUAUUUCCCCAAAGCUUUAAGUAUUUUAUAUUCAUGUAUACAAGCUUUUAUAUCUUCAUCAUCUCCCUAAGAUGUCUUGUCUUCCUCUCUCUUUUUAGCGUCCUUCCUGCAAGGAUUUUUUUUUUUCUAAAGGGCCCGUAAGCCUGUUUGCACACUUAACCACUCUGACUGAUAAUCUAAUUUUUAGCUGAGAGUUCAUUUCGUUAGCAGAUUUUGUAAUGUUGAUGUAGAUGUAACUGUUUGCAAAAAUACUUGUACAAUCAUAACACUUUUGAUUCCGAGUUCUAAUAAUUUAUUUGCCAUUCGGCUACCCCAACCCAUCCCCACUUUCCCAGUGUAUAAACACGUUAGGAAGACAAUCAGAUCCUGACACCCAACAGUCUUCAUCACUACGUGCAGGUGUCUAACUGGGCUCACUGUGCAGAGGGCCCUUGUAAUCGCUCAGUUUAAACAGCUUGCCCUUUAAAAAAAACAUUAGUUGUUCAAAAGCUAGGGGUAAGGCCACAUUAGUUUGACAAGGUGUUAAAAAAAUUCCUAUGCUUUUGCAUUGUGGGUGUUGAUUUUGGCCAAUGAGAUAAUUAAAAAGAAAAAUAACGA